AUGUCGCCUGAAAUAUUGUCUCAUAUCUCUCCGGCGUCCAUACCAAUUGUCCUGAUCCUUUUGCCGGUGGUCUUCUUUUUCUUGACCUCCUCAUCUCGAAAGUCCAAUCUCCCUUUCAUCAAUGCAAGAGAGACAUGGGAGUUUGGUAAAGGCCGCGCACGCGCGCGAUACAUGAAAGAUGCUGCCACCCUGAUCAAGAAAGGAUUGAAUGAAGCCGGAGUGUUUCGAAUCAUCACUGAUGUCGGCACAAGAACAAUGCUCUCACCCAAGUAUGCCAAUGAGAUCCGCAGCCUCCCUCAACUGAGUCUGUCCGAUAACUUGAAAACCGAGCUACAUGCCGAUCUUCCGGGCUUUGAGCCAUUCGGAAUUGUAGCCAACCAUACCAUCGUCCAGGAUCUCGUCCGGAUCAAGAUUACGCAGAAUUUGGCAAACUCCCUGAUGCCGCUCUCUACCGAAGCUAGUCACGUUCUGGAGACCCAAUGGGGAGACUCAACCGAGUGGCGUGAUAUGCAGGUUAAACCCACUGUCCUCAAGAUGGUUGCCCAGCUCUCUUCUAGAGUUUUCCUUGGGGAAAAGAUCUGCCGUAACCCCGAGUGGCUUGACAUUACGAUCAACUAUACUCUCAGUGCAUUCAGCGCCGCCCAGGAGCUCCGCCUGUUGCCGGAAUUCCUGCGCCCUAUUGCUGUGAGAUACCUACCAGGUAGUCGAAAAGCCCAGAACCAGGUCAAGCAAGCGAGAAAGAUUAUCAACCCGGUUGUGAAAGAGAGACGCGACGCUGUACGUGCAGGAAAAGGUGUCAAAUAUCAUGAUGCACUCCAGUGGCUCGAGGAUAUUGCUAAGGGAGAUAAGUACGAUCCGGCGGCGGCGCAGCUUGGCCUCUCUGCGGCUGCCAUUCACACUACGACCGAUCUGCUAACACAGACUCUUCUCGAUAUCUGUGGUCGCGAUGAACUAAUCCGUGAAUUGCGCGAGGAGAUUAUCUCGGUGGUUCAGGAGCAUGGAUGGAAGAAGACGACCCUUUACAAACUUGAGUUGAUGGAUAGUGUGAUCAAGGAGUGCCAGCGACUGAAGCCCAUGGCUAUUGCCUUCAUGGCCCGUGUUGUCCGAGAAGACGUUGUCCUGUCCGACGGAAUAGUAAUUCCCAAGGGCGAUAAGAUGCUGGUGUCCUGUGACAGAAUGUGGGAUGAGACCAUCUACCCUGACCCCCUGAAGUUCGACCCAUACCGCUUUGCAAAGCUGCGCCAGACUGAUAACCGGAAGAACGAAGCCGCGGCUCAACUUGUUUCGCCGUCCCCUGAACACAUGGGUUUUGGGUUUGGACAACAUGCUUGCCCAGGACGAUUCUUUGUGGCAAAUGAGAUCAAGAUCUCUUUGUGCCAUAUUUUGUUGAAGUAUGACUUGAAGUUGGCAGACGGAUGUGAGCCCAAGGUGCAAGUCUUCGGGAUGCGGAGAGCUGCAGAUCCAACUGCCAAAAUUUCUAUCAGACGGCGACAGGCAGAAAUUCCUCUGUGA